AUGUCUCAAGAAUUACAAUCUCAUUUCGCUCUUAAUCAAUUUGUUUCUUCAGAAAAUUUAUCUAAAAAUGAAGACAAUGAUAUACUUCCAUUUCAACCUGAAGAAGAACAAAAAGAAAAUCAAUUAAAACUAAAAAAGGAUGAUAUCCAAUUAAAUAUAAAUAUAUUUUCUUUUGAAAAAGAACAAAAACAACUAACCCCUCGAACAAUAUUUUCUACAAAACCAAAAGUAAAAUUUGGUCAAUUAGUCUUUGAUGAAAAACCUCAAGACUUUGACCAAAUUAAACCAGAAAUAAAUGUUAAAUCUAUUCCAAAACCAAUCCCAAGACGUAGACCUCUCUUUCAAGAUGCUUUUAAUAGUGAACCUAAAAUGUUUUCUCCUCGUCAUUCUCAAAGAAGUACUUUAACACUUGUUCCAUCUAAAAGUGCUAGUCUACAAUUAGAUGAAUUAUCUUCUUCUCAACCUAUUAGUACUAAAGAAGAGUCUCAAGAGUCUUUGUUUAAAAAAGCAUUCUAUUCAAAAAUAAAUACUCAAUCCGAUAAAGCACUAACAAGUACUUCUCAACCUAAUAAAAUAAAUGAUGGUAUUUCUAAUACAACAAUGACAAGACCAUUAACAAUUGGAAAAAGAACAAACUCAAACAGUCUCACUAAAAGUAGUUUUGAUGUAUUUAAUACUAGACCUAAACGUAAUGCAGUUACUCUUAGACCAACAAGUAUUUCUUCUAUUGCUAAUGCUUUUCAUCAAGAUUCUAUUAUGCCUCAAGAGUAUUUAGAUAAACCACAUUUUACAAUAAAAACACCCCAUUCAAAUACAUUUAAUCCAAUACAACCAAUAAAUUGGAUUGUUUAUGGAAUUGAACCUUCAAGACAAGAAAUAGCAAAUAAUUUAAAUUUAUAUAAUGAUAUUCGUCAUUUUGUAUCUGACAAAGAACAGUGGAAAAAAGAAAAUGUUUUGAAUUAUUUACCAUUUUAUGCUAAUGCAAAACAAAUUGGUGUAUUAGCAUGUACAUGGAAUGUAAAUCAAUCUGUAUUUACAAGACGUGAAAUUGAUGAAUGGACUGAUGGUAUUCGAUUUAAUCCAGAUAUUGUAGUUUGUGGAAUGCAAGAAUUAGAAAUGAGUGUUGAUGCAAUUAUCACAGGGAAAAAGUUUAGUGAUAAGUCUAUUCAGUAUGAACAGAUAUUAUACCAAUCACUUAAUAGAGGAAAGUUACGGUAUGAGAAAUUAGGAUAUUAUCAACUUUGUGGAGUUGUGUUAUAUGUUUUUUUUAACACAAAAAUUCAAAAUGAAAUUAGUGAAGUUGGAUUUGAAAAUAUAAGAGUUGGAGCUAUGAGUGGAGCAUUAGCUAAUAAAGGAGGAGUCGCUUAUAGAAUGAAAGUUUAUGACUCUACUAUUUGUUUUGUUGUUAGUCACUUAGCAGCUCAUCAAGAGUUUUGGAAUAAAAGAAAUGAAGAUUGGGUUGAAAUUAGUAAAAUGAAAAUUUCAUAUUAUGAUAAUAUUUCAAGGUGUAAUAAAAAAGUUAACUUAUUACAACAUGAUAUAGUGAUUUGGAUGGGUGAUUUAAAUUAUAGAAUUGAAAUGUCUGAUAAUGAAGUUCGUAAAAAUAUGAUAAAGAAAGAUUAUAUAGAACUUGCAAAGAAUGAUCAAUUACUAAAUUCUAUUAGAAGAAAACAAGCUUUUCAUAAUUUUUAUGAGGCUCUUAUUAAUUUUGGUCCAACAUUUAAAAUUAAAAUAGGAGAAAAUAAUGAAUAUAAAGAAAAUCGAAUUCCUUCAUGGUGUGAUAGAGUUUUAUGGAAAACAGAAAAUAGACAUUUUGUUGAAGCAAAAGAAUAUACAAGUCAUGAAUUAUAUACUUCUGAUCAUAAACCAGUUACUUGUUUUAUGAGUUUAGAUUUACAAUGUAUUGACCAAAUAAAAAAACAAGAAAUACAACACUAUUUAGAUGAAGUAAGUAAAAAAUAUAUAAAUGUUAUUAUUCCUAAUGUAAGUGUUGAACCAAAUAUUAUUACUAUUGACGAUGUUGAAUUAUUACAACAAUAUACAACUACUAUUGUAUUGAAAAAUAAUGGAAAAUUUGAUGUAAAGUAUCAAAUUGAAGAAAGCAAUCAAUCUGAGUAUCAUGAAGAUUGGUUAACAAUAAAACAAUGUGAAGGAGUAAUUGGUAUUCUUGAAGGUAAAAGUUCAAUAAAUAUUCCUAUUCAAGUUUAUAUUAGUCAAGCUCAAGCUUGGAUGUAUCAAGACCGUAAUUUGUUAUUAAAAAAAAUUAAUAUUUGGUUAGGAGAUAAUCAUUCUCAAUCUAUUUCAUUUAGUGUUAUUGCUAAGACACCAACAAGUGUUAUUGGAAUGAGACUAGAAUCAUUGAAUCGACUUGCCCGUCCAUUAUUAGGAAGUAUUAAUAAAGAAAUUAAUUAUAGUAUAGUGCCAUUUUAUAUUCCAAAGGAAUUAUAUCGACUAACAAAUUACAUUAUUGACCAUUAUCAACAAUCUUGUUUUGUUGAAAUUCGUCCAUCAUUAUACACUUCACAAGAAAUGAGAAGUGUUAUUCAUUCAUUAAAUACUGAAUCCCCAUUUCCAAAUGGACCAAUACAACUCUUUUGUGACGCCUCAUUAAUGUUUAUAUCAGGAUUACAUGAAUGUUGUAUAUAUUAUAAUAUAUCAGAAAAUUCUUCUGUAUUAAAUGAUUCAAAAAUCAAUCAAAUUAUUAAAUUUGCAACUCCUGAUGAAUAUCGUCAUCUCUUUUUUUAUUUAAUUUCUUUUCUUAAGAAAUUAAUAGAAAUGGGAGAAGAUAAAAUAAUAUUAGUUACUCGUUUUGCUCCUCACAUUUUUAGAUGUUAUAAUCCAACAAAAAUUAGUCCAUUUAUUCAUUUUCUUUCAACUGUUUUAACUAAUCCAUUGUCAUUUUUAAUUGAAUAA